UUACGGCCACAUUGAACCUAACAAUUUGUGCAAAACGUAUGAAAAUUGAGGAUUAUUGUUGUUUUCUGCUAAAUUUAACAAAAGGAAUACACUAAUAAUAUGGCCAAGCAUCAUCCCGACUUGAUUUUCUGCCGCAAACAGCCAGGCGUCGCCAUUGGCCGGUUGUGUGAAAAGGACGAUGGAAAAUGUGUGAUUUGUGACUCUUAUGUGCGUCCUUGUACCUUGGUGCGCAUUUGUGAUGAGUGCAAUUAUGGCUCAUAUCAGGGACGCUGCGUUAUAUGCGGUGGUCCCGGCGUUUCUGAUGCCUACUACUGCAAAUCCUGCACUAUACAAGAGAAGGAUCGCGAUGGUUGUCCUAAAAUUGUCAAUCUGGGCAGCUCAAAGACAGACUUGUUUUACGAGCGCAAGAAAUAUGGUUUCAAACAAAAUUAUUGAAAUAUGGAAGACUACCUCAUCUAUAAUAUAUCUCUUAUAAUUCUGUAUUUUGUAAUUUAAUGAAUAUAAAGUUUUAUACAUGAA